GGCAUUUUCCCAGUCCCCGACUCUAAAUCCAGCCAAGCUUAAAAUGUCUUGAGGACUUAAAACUGCUCCAAAAGACAUGGAGUUUAAAUGAAUAUCGUUGUUUAGGGGACAACCUGUUACCUUCCUGAUCUAAAAGGAUCCGAAACCUCAAAUGCGUCCCUCCUGCUUUAUCAAAUACUUAUAUUCACAGAAGCAGAUUCGCCCCACUCUGGGAUUUCCUCCAACGACAUCUCCAGAUCAGGGAACACGACUGACCCAAGAGCAAGCAAACCAGGUCUUUCCUUCCAUAAGUCUAAUACCGCUAGCACAGCUGCUCACCCUGGGGUCAGACCUGCAAUUGCUCAACCCCGCCACUGGACCGGCACAUGGCACACAGACGUUUCCUUUUCCCCUAGGGCCGCUGAACAGACCACAGCAGCUGCAGCCCCAGAUGUUACCCAUCAUUGUGGCACCACUUGGAGCUCAGGGUGCUCUCCUAAGCUCAGAGGAACUGCCAUUAGCCUCACAGAUCUUCACAGGCCUCCUUAUCCACCACCCCUUGUUUCCCGGAGGCAUUCUGCCCUCCAGUCAGACAGGGGCUAAACCAGAUGCGCAAACCGGAGUCCUUCCUACGAGACAGGCAGGAGCAAGCCCCGCUGUACAGGGAACCACCCAGAGCCAAGUCACAACUCCCGGUGUCACAGAUGACGACGACUAUGAAACCAGCACCCCUGCAGGCAUGAGAAGGGGCACACACACCACGGAGGGAACCACUCUAGACCCACCGAAUAGAACUCAGUAAGAUGCUUCAGAUCUCCUUGGCUAAAGCACAUCACAUUUGGAGGUUAUAUGUGAAUCAUCUUCAUUAGUCGCAUGACAGAAAAGACUGAGACACAGUGAAAGGUCUUAGGAGGUAGAAAUUCUUAGUUUAUCUGAGACUUUGCUUGAAAUUUCAGAAGAUAUAUUCAAUGAAGAGAAUGCCAAGUUCAAAAAAAAAUCAUUAAAUAGAUCAAUUUGUCUUUGAAAUACUUUGUGUGCUACUUCAAAUCUGAAAGAUGUGUAUAUUAAAAUAUAUUUU